AUAAUAGCUUUUUAUUUGCAUGUAUUUUGAAAAAUAAAAGGCCGUUAUUAAAAAUAAAUUAUUUCACAUGAAAAAGUUAUUAUUCUGAGAAGAGUUCCAAAGUUUCAUCAGAUCAGAAAGGUAUCAAUGAUAUAAAAAAGUUAAGAACCUAAUUUAAUUUACCCAUAUUCCCCAAAUUGUAAAUCUUUUGAAGACAGGGCAGGGGAACUUGGGUCCAGUUUUGAAACUUGAGAUCACUGCUGCUCCUGGAAAAUUAAAACAAUGCUAACUUCCCCUGCUAUUCCCAUGUUAUUUGCCACAUACCUUACUCAAUAUUUGAAGGGACCAUUGGCUAGGAGGUCCAUUACUGUGCAUCCUGAGGAAUAUUGGAAAAGGAAAACACAUAAUCCUUGCCUUCUAUAAAUUUAAAGUCCAGUUAAGGACAUAAACUUACAUACAAAGAACACUUAGGGAAUAAUCUUAAGGAUGCUGCAAGAUUGAUAAGUCCCUUAAGUCUAUGAGAGUUCAGAAGAAUAAAAAAUUUCCACUUUUUUUUCAGAGAGGAGCUUUAAGCUAAAAAACAAAUAAACAAAAAACAGGGAAAUGAGCAGGGCUUCUUUUGUAACACCCUAACUACAGCAGCACUCAGUACCUUAUUUGGGUGUGUAAGGUUCUUAAAGAGAAAUUUUGAUGGUUGAGGAGGGAAUGAAAAGUUGGAGGCUACUUCAGAAUAGAAACACCAGUUCUUCCUAGAAGAUGGGAAGAGUCUUCUGAAUGCCAGAUUUGGAAAAUACCCAGUGGGGCCAUCCGCUUUCCGUGAUAAAUGAGCGUGGAGAAGGUGAAAUCUUCCAGGGGCCUGGGAAGCUGAACCUGGUGUUCUGGGAAGGGAGCCAGAGAACAAAAGGAUCAAACAGCAGAGGGGACCCCCUGGUUUCACCCUGGAUUUGUGGGUCAGGGCAGAUGAUCCAGGGCAGCUGACUAUGACAAGAACUUAUGGCUAAGUCUUACCUCGGAUUGUCCACAGGCCAUUAAAGAUGGUCAGAAGUCUUUAAUGAUAGACCUCAUGACCAGAGUACAGGCCCUUUGGAGAAAAAUGUUUUCUAGGAAAAGGCAACCUUAUGAAACAAAUACCUUAGUUCAUGGUUAUUAGAAUUUCAAAAGUGUUUAAUGUCGAUAGAAAUUUUAAUCUCACAUUUUUGUGAGUCAUGUCCUGAGAAGUCUCUCAUGUGGAAAGUGAAAAGAGCAGUAUCUAUGGAAUCAAAGAACCUGGGACCAACUCCGCUUUAGAUAUUUACUAGUUAUUUGAUCCUGUGCAAGUCAAUGCUUCAGCGAAAAAAUAAAGUGCUAUAUCAGAUUGCUUGUGGUCUUGUGGAGGGGGGGGAGGAAAUGAAGGGAAGGAGAGAGAAAAAUUUGGAACACAAAGUCUUACAAAAAUAAAUGUUGAAAAUUAUUUUUACAUGUAUUUGGAAAAAUAAAAUACUAUUGAGAAAAAAAAAUAAAAGAGUUGUAUCUGAUGGCCUUUAAGGGUUCCUUUCAUCUCUAUUGCCAAAUGUUCAGCUAUACAACAAACAUACAAUGGCUUAUGUUGCCUCUUGGUUUAAGUUUUCCUUUAGUCAGGAACCAUUCUGUCCUAGAUGAAGUGUCAGCCUGGGGUCAGAAUGUCCAAAGUUUCAAAAAAAGAACCUCUAGAAAUUGGAAACCUACUUCCAGACUAGGAUCACAUAACUAUAAAGACUGAUCAUGCUCCCCAUAAGGAAACUCCAGAAAAUAAUUUGAAAAUAAAAUAAUAAAAGAUUGAAACAGUUUCUUCUGAGUCUUAAUUGUAUCCUCAGUAAUAAGUGGUUUACGUUUUGUAUCAUAAAAGUUCAAAGGAAUUUCACAUGUACUAUCUUAUUUUCUCCUUUAAAAAAAAAAAAAAAAGCUAAGAUGUGGUUGUGUUGAGAUAAGAUUGUGUUGGGAAUAUUUUCAGGUAAGAAAAUUGGGAUAGGAAGGAGGUCAAAAUUUGCCCAGUUUCACAUUGCUGAUUAGUGACCACUCCAGGACUAAGAAUAUCAGUUUUUCUCACUCCCGUGUUUGGACAAAACUAGACCUGGUUCCUCCUUCUUCCCAGGCCAUAUCCUUCUUGACCUUACCAGUCACACUGCAGGGCUGAUCUCAAGGCACAACAAAUAUGAUCAUAUAUUUGUUCCCAGUAGAGGAAUGUCUUUUUAAUCAAAAUUAAUCAAUUGAGAUUUAUUAAGCACCCACACUAUGUGCCAGGUACUGUGCUAAGCACUAGGGAAACAAAAAAAAAAAAAAAAAGCAAAAGACAAUUCCUGUCCUUCAGUUACAUUGAAAUAUGUGUGUAUAGCAUUUCACAAACCCCAAAUAUUCCCCCCAACUUCCCUCACUCUCACUUUAGAGUGUAAUAAUCAUUACAUCCUACUAAACUUUCUUUUGUCUACCCUGAACAGUACCCUCAUGGUGCCAUAGUAUAGCACAAUCUGUCUGCAAAUCCAAACCAGAUGAAAAUGCAAUUGAGAAAUAUUUAACAAAAUGAAUAAAAACACAGUAAAACUUAGAUAACAUCAUAUUUUAAGAUUAAUUCAUGCAACUAACAGGAAUCUUAUAGAUAGAUUAGAAAUCCCCAUUUCUAUUUGGUGUUUCACAACGGUACAAGAAGUAUAGUGUGCUGAGGAUCUAACUUACAAUCAAACUUAGUUUGAUUCCUUUCAGCUUAUUUGCAUGGUAGUAGGUGCUUUGUUUUGUUUGUUGCAAUCUUUCCUUAAUGAAGCUCCUAGAAAAGUGUGUAUGAUAUAUUUUUACCAUAUUUAACAUAUAUUGGAUUACUUGCCAUCUAUUGGAGAAGAUGGGGGAGAAAAAUUGGAACACAAGGUUUUGCAAGGGUCCAUGUUGAAAAAUUAUCCUUGCAUAUGUUUUGAAAAUAAAAAGCUUUAAUAGAAAAAAAAGAAAGAAAAUGUGUAGGUCUUUGACUGAAUGGCACUCACUCCUUUGUCUUGAUCUUUCAGCAGGCAUCUCCUCAUCAGAUUUGUUUUGUCAUUCUGGCUGCUUCCGUCACCACGUGGGUAAAACGGGCACCCUACAAACAUGGCAGACGAAGAUCUUAUUUUCUGCCUGGAAGGCAUUGACAAUAACAGGUCACUUCACUCCCAUCAUGCUGGCUUUUCUGAUGAUGACAGUGAUGGGGAGGAUGGCUACUACAUCUGCCCCAUCACAGACGACCCUGGCUCUCACAAGAUGGCUAAUUCCAAGGUCUCUGACUACUACAACAACUUAACCAAGAAUGAACAGUAUGGAUCUAAUUGUUCUCCUGGAAGUUCCUUCCAUUUUAAAGAAACUUGGAAACAUGCCAUCGAGAAAGCCAAACACAUGCCUGAUCCCUGGGCCGAAUUUCAUCUCGAAGAUAUCGAAACUGAGUGUGCUACCCGUCACAGGUACAAUGCAGUCACUGGGGAAUGGGUUGAAGAUGAAGUUUUAAUCAAAAUGGCAUCACAGCCCUUUGGACGUGGAGCAAUGAGGGAGUGUUUCAGAACGAAAAAGCUGUCUAAUUUCCUGCACACUCAACACUGGAAAGGUGCUUCUAACUACGUGGCAAAGAGAUACAUUGAGCCCGUGAACAGAGACGUAUACUUUGAGGAUGUUCGCCUGCAAAUGGAGGCCAAACUCUGGGGCGAGGAAUAUAACCGGCACAAACCCCCCAAGCAGGUGGAUAUUAUGCAGAUGUGCAUCAUUGAGUUGAAGGAUCGAGCAGACAAACCCCUUUUUCACCUGGAACACUAUAUUGAGGGCAAAUACAUCAAAUAUAAUUCCAAUUCGGGAUUUGUCCGGGAUGACAACAUUCGCCUAACCCCACAGGCCUUCAGCCACUUUACCUUUGAACGUUCUGGCCAUCAGCUGAUUGUGGUGGACAUUCAGGGAGUGGGGGAUCUCUACACUGACCCACAGAUCCAUACAGAGACGGGCUCAGAUUUUGGAGAUGGCAAUUUAGGUGUAAGGGGUAUGGCCUUGUUCUUCCACUCUCACGCCUGCAACCGGAUUUGCAAGAGCAUGGGUCUUACUCCCUUUGACCUCUCACCAAAGGAGAAGGAUGCUGUUAAUCAGAAUACCAAAUUGUUGCAAUCAGCCCAGACUCGUGUGCGGGGCACAGAGGAAAAGUGUGGCAGUCCAAGGGUGAGGACCUUCUCAGGGAGCCGUCCACCACUGCUUUCCCGCCUUUCAGAGAACUCUGGAGAUGAAAAUAUGAGUGACAUGACAUUUGAUUCCCUCCCUUCCUCUCCUUCAUUUACACCUCACAGCCAGAGAAUAGACCAUCUCCACUGGCCACAAUUCAGUGAGGUUGAUAACCUGGGACACAAAGAUCAUGAACACCUGGAUAACCGUCGAGAUUCUGAGAAUGGUGGGGACAGUGGAUAUCCAAGUGAAAAGAGAAAUGAACUGGAAGACAUAGAUGCUCGAGACAGGGCCCAUUCAAAUGGCAACCGGAAACAGUAUGAAUCCGAUGAAGAUAGUCUGGGCAGUUAUGGAAGGGUCAGUGUGGAGAAAUGGAAUCUCUAUAACUCUGCCAGGCUUCACCUCCAGCGGCCAUCCUGUGUUGCUGUGGAAAUGCAGAGACUUAAUGAUCUGGACCUUGAAAGGAAAAUCGGGAAGUCCAUUUUGGGGAAGGUUCACCUAGCUAUGGUGCGUUACCAUGAAGGGGGACGCUUUUGUGAGAAGGACCAGCCCUGGGAUCAAGAGUCAGCUGUCUUCCAUCUGGAGCAUGCAGCAGAUCUGGGGGAGCUGGAGGCCAUUGUGGGGCUCGGGCUCAUGUACUCCCAGCUCCCCCACCACAUCCUGGCUGAUGUCUCCUUACAGGAGUCGGAAGAGAAUAGAACAAAAGGAUUUGAUUACUUACUGAAGGCUGCAGAAGCAGGUGACCGUCAUUCUAUGAUUCUUGUGGCAAGAGCUUAUGACACAGGUCUGAACCUCAGCUCUGACAGAACACAAAACUGGCAGGAGGCCCUACACUGGUAUGACACUGCAUUAAAUACGACAGAUUAUGAUGAAGGAGGUGAAUAUGAUGGAAUACAAGAUGAACCGAGGCACACACUCCUGGCAAGAGAGGCUGAAAUGCUGUUUACAGGUGGCUUCCAGCUAGAGAAAGAUCCAAAAAGAUCAGGAGAUCUAUACACUGCUGCAGCAGAGGCCGCUAUGGAAGCCAUGAAGGGCCGGCUUGCCAAUAAGUAUUAUGAGAAGGCUGAAGAAGCAUGGGCAUUGAUGGAGGAAUAGCCUGCUGAAGCUGUCAUUACUGUCCAUGUACAUAUUUGGGGCGAAAAAAAUUAUUAUUUUUUAAAAGCUGAAAAGGAGAAAAAGACUUUCUUCAUUUGUCCGCAAAAAAAUGCAUUAUUUAAUGUGUAGUGAAACUGACUUUUGUAUUUCACAUUUUGACUUUAGAAUUUUCCUUUGCCACAAGCAAAGAAACAUAUGCCUGUGAAGGCAGUAUAUUUGUUGGGGUGAGGGAGGGAAGAGCUAAACCGAAGUAACAUCAUGAACUUAGGCCUAUUUUUUGAGAUUAUAUCAUCAAUUUUUUAAAAAUAUUUUUUUAUUGUUUAGAAUCGAGUGAGUUGCUUCCUUUAGAAAUGAAGAAGCUUUAUAUGUUCAGUUGUAUUCACUCCUUUUUGUUUUCUGUGAACAAUGUGAAUAUUUUGAUCAACAAAACAACGUUGGCCAAAUGGAGGAAUCUUUAGCUUUUAUGGCUCCAAAGACUUUUUCAUUUCUUAGGGAUAGGAAGAAUCUUCAGGUUUGCCUUUUGUGGAAUGCAUAUUGAUAGGGGAAACUGUUAAAUUUGGGAAUGGUUUGGAAUAAAGUUAGAAAGGCUCCUCUGAAAUUAUUCCUCCACAUUUCCAUGAAUGACCAUGGUCCCAUUGUCUCAAGGACCCUUCUUUUCUGGGGGGUGAGAAAGAUAUCUUCAGGUUGCCUUUUAUGGCUAGCAAACUGAUUAAGAAAACUAUAUAUUUGGAAAUGUUUUGAAAUAAAGUUAGAAAGCCUCCUCAUAUGGAAUUAUUCCUCCAGAUUUCCAUGGGUGCCCAAAUUAGGAGGGAAUCUAGCUCCCCUAAGCUCUUUCUACCAAGGGGAGCUUUCUGCUGACUUCUCUCUAUUCAUUCAGCUCAGAUGCCUUUAUUUUUAGUGGUUUGACUAUUAAUAUGACACAGCAAAAAAUAUAUAUAUACUAUUUUGAAUUAUAUUUCCUUCAACAAGCUUUUAAAUAAGAGGUUUGAUAACAUUGUAUGCAAACAUAUUUCUACCUCCAAGUCUUAAAUUAUCCAGUGGGGAAUAGCAUAGUUAUAAAGCAGGUGUUUGAGAAAGUUAUAUUGUUGCAUGUUUGAGCUUUUUUUUUUUUUUCAUCCUAGUGGAAAUGUAUUUAGAAUCUUAAUGUAAAAACCAACAUACCACAACACUGAAGACCUUUGUAUGGUAUGCCAUUCUUGGCUUUCAACAUCCAUCAGAUUUUCUUCAUUGUUACUUGUUGUUUGAAUCUCCACUGAUCAGAAUGUAAUUUUCAGCUCUCUAGUUCCAAUGAUAAUCCAUUGAGAACUGUAUUGCAAGUAAGGGAACAACUCUUUCAUUCAUACUCAGCUAAUUCAGUUUGUUCACACAUGGCCAGACUGAAAUUUAUCUUUGCUUAUCCAGUCUUCUCUUCAGAGACUGCAAGUUAAUAACAUAAAUAAAAUUUUAGGGCAAAUGUUUUAAAAACAUGGAUAAGAACAGACUUAUCAUUUAGCCUGAAGCACUUUAGCAUCCAUCUCCAUGAAAAUAAGUGAUAAUGCUCAUCACAAAGCAUUUUUUAUCUGUUCAUUGAAGAAUGUCCUCUAAGGAAUACUACUGGAAAGCACUUUUGUGGGUCUGGUUUGAGUUACUGUAUGUUCUUGAAAGUAAUAAAAAUUCAUUUCUUUAAAAAAAAA